AUGGCCGCGUUCCCACUUUUCUCCCUCUCCCAUAUUCCCCUCAAGUGCGUGUUGGAUCAGCUCGAUCACACUACAAUGUAAGUUCCCCUUUCACUCAUUUUCGCUCAGUUCUAGUCUUCUGUUUGCAGACUCGAGAUUGCGAAAGGCUCGAAAACGGCCAAAAGAUGUGUAAAACGUCUCGAGAUGCCCGUAAAACUCUGCUGCGUGUUUAUGGACAUCAACACACGGAUGAGCGUCGCAACUGCCGGCCAAGAAGCGCGGGUUUAUUAUGAUAACCCGGACUGCAGUUGGAGCCCCAAUGAAGUUAGGUGGACAUAUAAGCAAAUGGAAGAGUUGGCGCGAAGAUUGACCGAGUGUUUCGAAGUGGAGUGCCAUGUCACAAUCGAUUCUUUACUGGACUGCGUCAAGAGCAUCAAGGACCUUUUCGUGUGGAAACACGGAAUCGACUGUCCAUAUAUCGAAGUGCACGAUGCACUGAUGACGGAUGCGGAAUUCGAGUUCCUAUUCGACUACUCGGCGGCGACGCAUGAUCUUCGACCAAUUGGAAGGCAUCUCGUUUUCGAUCGAUUGGGAAGUUGA